AAAGUUUAAUUGUCCGAGCAUCACUCUGUUCCAAUUGGAAAUUAUAUAGAACUGUCCAGUCAAGACCGACUGCACGAAUAUCUUUGAAUUCAGCAGAAUUUAUAUUAGGUGAGAAAUUGAAUUUUAUCAUUGAAGAGGAUAUGAGUCGUGUAUGCAUAGUGUUGAAUGUUAUAGCUCGAUCUGGUAGGAAAUUGCAUGAAGGUACUACUCUUAUUGGUCGUUGUGUAACUGGUCCACCGGAUUUAGCCUGUGGUGAUGGUUUAUCGCAUUGGACAUCGACUUGUUCUAGACAAGGUAUGAUACGACGUACACAUAUUCUCACAUAA